AUGCUCUCUGCAGAAGCACCCCUCGUCGACACAACUGUACCUGAUUCCAACAAUAACAAUGUCAUUACCACUGACACGGCAACUCCCGCAACCGAUACCGCGACAAGCAGCCUCAUCGAGGAUGUCACACUGACAAUCAUUGCCCAUCCAUACCUUGACGAAUUGGCUGACAAGAUUCGUAACGAACCCAUUCCUUGGCAGGGAUAUGAACGUGCUGGCUUAAUAACAGCAGACGAAGUGGCAAUGAUUGAGCAUGUCGAUAAUAAGUCACCAGAGGAAGUCACACACGUCAUGUCCGAGCACGGACUCUAUUACGCAGGCAUGUACCUGGAUCUGAUGCAUAAAUUGGCUCGCGUGGAUGCAGUUCAAAAAGUCUUGGUCAUGAUCCAAGACAUGAUUGAUGAACACGAUGAAAGGAUUAAGUUGUUUCAUCAAGCGUCAGAAGGCCGCCCUGGCUAUCCUUUUGCGCCGUUUCACAACUCGACCAAGAACCGAGACAUCGACAUUGAUGACUUUUUCCGGUGGAUGACGUUCCAGCUGCAAAGUCGUAAUCCCAGUCUUAUCGAGCUGAAUAUCCAAAUUCUUGAUGCCUUGUUCCAUAUACCCGCCUACCGAAAAUCUUUCUGGAAUACACUCCACGCCAUGGAUUCGUUUAUCAAUGUAUUGAAGAAAGGCAAUUCAAAUCCACAAGUGACGUAUGAAGCUGUUUUUGCUUUAUGGCUAUUGACAUUUGACGAAGAAAUUGCCGCAAACUUGAACAGAAAAUACGAUGUGAUCCCUAUGCUGGUCGAAAUAGCAAAGUCGGCUGUCAAGGAAAAGAUCAUUCGUGUGGUCGUGGCCACGUUCAAGAACCUUGUGGAGAAAGCACCCAAGGCCAACUUGUCUGCCAUGCUGGUAGCCAAACUGUUGCCGUUUACUGAGCACUUGCACACAAGAAAAUGGUCGGAUCAAGAAGUUGUCAAUGACAUUGACUUGAUCCAGACCGAGUUGCAAAACAACUUUCAAAGUCUCACGACGUUUGAAGUGUAUGCCUCGGAACUGGAAACUGGGAAGCUGGAAUGGUCGCCACCGCAUCAAUCCGAAAAUUUCUGGCAAAAAAAUGCCGUUCGGUUAAACGAAAAUGAUCACCAAUUACUAAAAAUGCUCGCUCGUCUGUUGAGCUCGAACAAGACCGAGAUCCUUGCCAUCGCCUGCCAUGACGUGGGCCAGUAUGCCAAAUACGCAGGCGCCGAUGGUAAAAAGUACCUCCAUGAUCUGGGCGCAAAGCAGCGUGUGAUGGAACUGAUGACGCAUGAAGAUCAAGAAGUGCGCUACUAUGCAUUAUCUGCCACGCAGAAAUACUUUGCCAUGUCAUCUUGA